ACGGACAAGCCUAAGGACAAGGGAGGAGCUACUGGACCCAAGAAGGAAUAAAAUAGAUCCUGAUUUUGGAACCCGAAGGCCAAAGUGCAAGACUCUGCUACUUCCAUCUGUGGACCCUUGGGUGGGUAUCUCUGGGCCUUCACUUACUCUUUGUGAAAUGGGGACAGGGGCAAUCCCUACCCUACCAAGUCAUUGGGAGUGAGGACAUGAUGACACGGUGACUGUGAAAAGAUUUUUUCCAUCGCACCAGCAUUAAGCGUGCCCAUCUCCAGGUUCCCCCAGGCCUCAAGGCUCCCAAGGCCUGAGUGGGUGGGUAGCACCCAGGUAUAGAUCUUCCACGUGCAGUACCCGGGACACAGCCAGCAUGAACUGGGCAUUUCUGCAGGGCCUCCUGAGUGGCGUGAACAAGUACUCCACGGCUCUGAGCCGCAUCUGGCUGUCUGUGGUGUUCAUCUUUCGCGUGCUGGUGUACGUGGUGGCGGCGGAGGAGGUGUGGGAUGAUGAGCAGAAGGACUUUGUCUGCAACACCAAGCAGCCCGGCUGCCCCAACGUCUGCUAUGACGAGUUCUUCCCCGUGUCCCACGUGCGCCUCUGGGCCCUGCAGCUCAUCCUGGUCACGUGCCCCUCGCUGCUCGUGGUCAUGCACGUGGCCUACCGUGAGGAACGGGAGCGCAAGCACCGCCUGAAACACGGGCCCAAUGCCCCGUCCCUGUACAACAACCCGAGCAAGAAGCGGGGCGGGCUGUGGUGGACGUACUUGCUGAGUCUCAUCUUCAAGGCCGCUGUGGAUGCCGGCUUCCUCUAUAUCUUCCACCGCCUCUACAAGGAUUACGACAUGCCCCGCGUAGUGGCCUGCUCCGUGGAGCCUUGCCCCCACACUGUGGACUGCUACAUCUCCCGGCCCACGGAAAAGAAGGUCUUCACCUACUUCAUGGUGACCACAGCUGCCAUCUGCAUCCUGCUCAACCUCAGUGAGGUCUUCUACCUGGUGGGCAAGAGAUGCACGGAGAUCUUCAGCCCCAGGCACCGGCGGUCUCGGCGCCGGGAACGCCUACCCGACACCUGCCCACCGUAUGUCCUCUCCCAGGGAGGGCACCCUGAGGAUGGGAACUCUGUCCUAAUGAAGGCUGGGUCGGCCCCCGUGGAUGCAGGUCGGUAUCCAUAAUCUGCGAGGUCAGCAGAUAAGAUCACCAGGUCCCCCCCACCUGAGGCCACCCAGGAAAACAGGCAGGGGCAGGGGCAUCCUUACCGUAGCAGGGUGGUGAGGACGGUGGCUGUGGGGGCUCAGGAAGCUCACCCAGGGGCCAAUGUGGGAGGUGGCGGGUAGUUUGGUCCCUGGGUCCUGAGCCUCAGGGGAGGGAGGUUGAUGGCUGGCGGGGAUUUUGUAUAUGGCAAUAGUGUAUGUCAAACCUCUUAAUAAAUACGAUUUUCCCAGUA